CGGCGAUUGGCUGCGGUGCGCGGACGCGCCUCGCCCAUUGGCUAGCAGCAGCGUCCGUCCGGAUCGAGCACGGCCGCCGCCAUGGUUCGCUUCAAGAACAGGUACGUGCUGUGCGAGGUGGUAUCGGAGGACCCACGGUGCCGGCAGUGCAUCGAGGACCGCGCGGUGGGCCUCGCCGUCAGGGACGCCAUCGGGCGGGUGCACGGGGACUACGGCCUGGCCUGCUGCUCCAUCUCCUUCACAGUGAAAUACCUGAACGCCUACACCGGGACCGUGCUCCUCCGGUGCCGCAAGGACUUCUACAGGCUGCUCUGCUCCGCGCUCCCCUUCGUCCGGCAGCUGGAGAGCCGUAACCAGCGCUACCCCUGCGCUCUCCGCACCCUGCACGUCGGAGGUACUAUAAGAACAUGUCAGAAAUUUCUAAUUCAGUAUAACAGAAGACAGCUGCUGAUGUUGUUGCAGAACUGUACAAAUGAAGAGGAAAGACGGUGUAUACAGAAGUCCUUGUUGAGCUGUUCCCUUACAGAAGAGCAGCCUCAAAGUGGAGAUGAAGAAGAUGAUGAUGGCAUAGAGACAGACUGAACGUUACUAAUUACUGUUCACCUCUGUCCUGUACUUGUGUACUCAAGAUGUUACCAGUGCUCUUCAAUGUUGAGCAAAGUAGGGGAGAGAAAAAGCAUUUGUUUAUAUUUAGACUUCACUUCCCUAUUCCAAGUAUUCUUGAAUAAAUUGUUUUUUAAAAAAAUUACAUGGUUUUACUGAAGUAGGUUACUUGCCUGUUUCACUCCAGGAGUCAAGACCACCUGCACUCCUAAGGAGUGCAGCAGCUCAAUGUGAUCUUCAUGCUGAGGUAGAAGUGAGCGUUAGGCAGUCGGCAUGGACAAGGAAUGUAGUUAUUCUCCUUCAGUACAGAAAAAGUAUUAACAUCUUACUGUUUUUUUUACCUUGUCUUCAA